AUGUACAAAACACUGACUACGUUCACGAAAGCCCUGAGCCGGCGGAUCACGUUUUUUCAAUGCAACUCGGUUACAACAGGUCGACAGAAUCACUUUCGGCCUAUGAUCGUGGAUUUCCCGCCACCGGUGACUUCGGCUGUAACUGGUAUAUCAAUCAGCCAGGACGAGUUUGGGAAUUUCAUGGCAGUGUUCCCAGAAUUAGUCAAGGAUCUGACAGACACCAGCCUUAAGUUGAACGUGCCCGAGGCCACCAAGUGGCUAGAAAACCUGUUGAAAUACAACGUGCCCGGCGGUAAGAAUAACCGAGGAUUGACGUUAGUAACGUCAUUCAAGAUGCUGUCCUCGCCGUCUGAUCUGACCGAUGAAAAUCUUAGACUGUCCUACAUAUUAGGGUGGUGUGUUGAAAUCUUGCAAGCUUAUCAAUUAGUGUUGGAUGACAUAAUGGAUAACGCUAUUACUAGACGAGGACGUCCGUGUUGGUAUCGGCACAAUGAUAUUGGUCUAAUGGCAGUGAACGAUGGCAUUCUCCUGGAACAGGCCAUUUACCAAUUGCUUAAAAAACACUUUAAGGACAAGCCAUACUAUACACACAUUGUGGAACUGUUCUAUGACGUUACAAUGAAAUCUGCGAUGGGCCAGUGUCUCGAUAUGUUGACUGCGAAAAGUUUCAAAACUACAAAACUUGAAAAAUUUACUUUGGACAAUUAUACAGCUAUUGUGAAAUAUAAGACUGCGUAUUAUUCGUUUUUUCUUCCCGUGUUUCUCGCCAUGCGCAUGACAAACAUCAAUGACCAAGAAAUCUUUAAACAAUCAAAGGCUAUAUUGCUUGAAAUGGGUCAAUUCUUUCAAAUUCAAGAUGACUAUUUAGACUGUUAUGGUAUUCCAGAAGUCACUGGAAAAAUUGGCACAGACAUAGAAGAUGGAAAAUGCUCAUGGUUGGCUGUAAUGGCUUUGCAAAAAGUAAAUUCUGAACAAAAAAAAAUUAUGGAGGAUAAUUACGGUAUUGACGAUCCAGUCAAUGUUGCAGUCAUAAAAGAUUUAUACCUACAGUUGAAAUUACAAAACUCGUAUCAACUCUACGAAGAAGAAAGUUAUAAGUUAAUAAGUACUUAUAUUCAACUAUUGUCAGGAGGAUUGUCACAAGACAUGUUUUUCACAAUCUUGGAAAAGAUUUACAAGAGAACCCUCUAA